CAGCGGCUGCCCACCCCGUGGUGCCGUCUUGCGGGCGCUGGUGAAGGGAGCUUCACGGCCGGCAGAGUGAGAGUAGCUGCUGCGUUCCUGGCCACCUUCGUCCGCGUUACAACAGUGCGGCCAUGGCAGAACCGCAGCCCGCGUCCGGCGGCCUCACCGAUGAGGCCGCCCUCGGCUGCUGCAAAGACCCGGACCCCAGCACCAAGGAUUUUCUCUUGCAGCAGACCAUGCUGCGAAUUAAGGAUCCUAAGAAGUCAUUGGACUUUUAUACUAGAAUUCUUGGAAUGACACUACUCCAAAAAUUAGAUUUUCCCACUAUGAAAUUUUCACUCUAUUUCCUGGCUUAUGAGGAUAAAAAUGACAUCCCAAAAGAUAAAGAUGAAAGAGUAGCAUGGGCAUUCUCCAGAAAAGCUACACUUGAACUGACACACAAUUGGGGCACUGAAGAUGAUGAGGCCCAGAGUUACCACAGUGGCAAUUCAGACCCUCGGGGAUUUGGUCACAUUGGAAUUGCUGUUCCUGAUGUUCACGGUGCUUGUAAAAGAUUUGAAGAACUGGGAGUCAAAUUUGUGAAGAAACCUGAUGAUGGUAAAAUGAAAGGCCUGGCAUUUAUUCAAGAUCCUGAUGGCUACUGGAUUGAAAUUUUGAAUCCUAACAAAAUGAUAACUAUUAUUUAGUUCUGUGAGAAUGCUGCUUUGAGAUUUCAGUGAAGACAUUGUGGAAGGUAAAAAAGGAGACAAUGUGAUUCAAGAUAUUCAUUUAACAGAAGCAACUAGGACUGAUGGAUUAUUGUCUCAAUUCAAAUUGUUCUUAAGUCUAUUUCCCUUUCCUAUUUCAGCUAUGUUUUUCACCUAACUGUUCAGUCAUUCUAGUUUUAAAGUAGUGCUUUGUCUUAUGUCCUUGAAUGUAGUUGUAUAACUACUUUUUUAGGCAAUAAUUAGAACAAUUCCGUUCAGAGGCUGCAUUUUGCCUUCUAUCUUCUGACGAGAUACAAGUCUACAAGUCUGCCUUUGAAUCAUCAUUUAAAAAAAAAAAACCACUUAAUAUGUUUUGUUGUGAUUACCUUCUGAGGUUUCAGUUCCUCAGAAGUAACUUAAUGGGAAGUAAAGAACCCCAAACAAAAAUGAAGCUUCAUGUAUAUUUCAAAUAGUAUAAAGUUUAUUUUACAAAAGAAAAGUUACUCUUGGGAGAAAUUCAGAAUUAUACUGACAAGGAUGUGGAUAGAAAAACUAAUUUCUUCUUCAUUACAAAGUACUUUGAAAGUUGAAGGACUAACCUCUUUAUUUUGGGAUGGGGAAGAGGAUGGGAAUAUUACAUACUGGGUACGCAGACACGGACUAGGCUGUCACAUACUUUAUCUCCCUUAAUCCUCCACAGUAUCCUGUGAGAUAGGAAGUAGGCUGGACAUGCAAAAUAACUUUAAUGAAUCCAAGGCAAUAUAAAUAGGCUAAGGACUCAAGAUCUCAUCAUCAUUUUUAGUAUUUAGAUUAUACCUCAAAAAUUAGUACCUUGGGGUUUCCCUGGUAGCGCUGUGGUUGAGAAUCUGCCUGCCAAUGCUGGGGACACGGGUUCAAGCCCUGGUUCGGGAAGAUCCUACAUGCCACGGAGCAACUAAGACCGUGUGCCACAGCUACUGAGCCUGCGCUCUACAACCCGUGAGUCACAGCUACUGAAGCCUGCGUGCCUAGAGCCCGUGCUCUGCAACAAGAGAAGCCACCGCAAUGAGAAACCCGUGCACAGCAACGAAGAGUAGCCCCUGCUCACAACUAGAGAAAGCCCGCGUGCAGCAACAAAGACCCAAUGCAGCCAAAAAUAAAAUAAAUAAAAUAAAUAAAUUAAAAAAAAAAUUAGUACCUCACAGUACCUCCUUCACUAGUGUUCUUUGUAAAAACCUUCAAAGAGUUUGAGCAUUGUCCUCUCAGCUUUCGAGCCUGAGUACCACGGUGAGGAAGAAGCAGUGGAGGAAGUCUGGAGCAUGCGGCUGCUCUGGGGAUGCCUGGUUGUCCCUGUGCAAGUGGUGCUUGUGUUUCUUGUGAAGAGCCCCUACCCCAAGGUCUUCCAGAUGCCAGUAAUCAUUUAGGAUAAAUUAUGUUCAGUGAUAACAUAACUUAGUUAUCACAAAUCAGCUCAGUGGUCUUCCCUACCAUGAUUGACAUUUUUUUUUUUAAUUUUUAAAAUUUAUUUAUUUAUGGCUGUGUUGGGUCUUCGUUUCUGUGCGAGCGCUUUCUCUAGUUGUGGCAAGCAGGGGCCACUCUUCAUCGCGGUGUGCAGGCCUCUCACUAUUGCGGCCUCUCUUGUUGCGGAGCACAGGCUCCAGAUGCGCAGGCUCAGUAAUUGUGGCUCACAGGCCCAGUUGCUCCGCGGCACGUGGGAUCUUCCCACACCAGGGCUUGGACCCGUGUCCCCUGCAUUAGCAGGCAGAUUCUCAACCACUGCGCCACCAGGAAAGCCCCAUGAUUGACAUUUGAUAGGUUUUAAAAAACAAACUGAUUUUGAAAAUCUCUUAUGGCACAGAUAAUAAGAACAUCCAGUUUGUGGUUUAACUACAUCUGGAUUUUUUGUGGACUCUAGUGGAAGACCUUUGGAUAGGCCUUGCCAACUGUGCUUACACUGCUAGAAACACUUUCAUUUCCUUUUUGGAUGGAAUGGAUUUAUGCGAGCAGUUCAAACAAAAAGCAGUACUUAUAGACUGAAGUAAAAUAAAAUUUUAGAAAAGACUGUGUUUAAUUUGUAAACUUCUAUCCAGCAUGUUCUUUUAAAAAAAAAAAAAAUCUGCCCUUGGGGAGUACUGCAAGGAUUUUUGAAGGGGCUUGCAGACUCAUUGAGAACUGGGAAUAGUUGUAAUUCUAUACAUCAGGCAAAGCACAUAAUUUCUAUGGAUAAGGAAGGGUCGGGAAGAUGAGAAGAGGAAAGUAAAUGGAUAAAGGAUUUUGGUGGAAAAAGUGCAGAGAAGAAAAGACAAAUAUCAAAAAUGAGUCAUGGAAACCAGUGCUGGUACAUUUUGGGUACUAGCAUUACCAAGUGGGAGGGUUAUUAGAUUCAUAAAUUUAGUCAUUUAAACCUUUUUUCCUCAGAAAGAAGCCUUCUCUACUUGCUAAGGAAAACUUGCCAAAAGAUAGCCCUUGCUACUCUUUAAAUCUGAUCCCUGUAUGCAUUGAAAAAAUAUGUAUUGUAUCACUGGGCCUUGCUAGGGAUUAGAACAAUUCACUUCUAAAUUAAUUUAUCUGAGCAGCAGUGACAUGAAAGGGUGAGUAGAGCACAAGAAGUUUUCUUCUUUUGCAUUAUUGGACAGCCAGACUGUAUAGCUUACUGUUAAUGUAAAAUAAAUCAGUUGCUCAUGAACCCUACAUGAGACUCAGUUAUAAUACAUAUGGUCUGAAUAGGAGCUGAUGACUGUGAGAGAAUCGCUACGGCUUCCCCAUAUAGCAUUCUGACCAGGAUUGCGUACAGUGUAUAUAAAUAUUCCUUGGCAACACAACUGCCUGUGAAGAGGGUUAUAUUGGUAAAGAUGCAUGCUGCUGACAAUAAGAAAAGACCUGGGCUUCUCUGGUGGCGCAGUGGUUGAGAGUCUGCCUGCCGAUGCAGGGGACACGGGUUCGUGCCCCGGUCCAGGAAGAUCCCACAUGCUGCGGAGCGGCUGGGCCCGUGAGCCAUGGCCGCUGAGCCUGCGCGUCCGGAGCCUGUGCUCUGCAAUGGGAGAGGCCACAACGGUGAGAGGCCCGCGUACUGCAAAAAAAAAAAAAAAAAAAAAAAAGAAAAGUCCUAACUCUAUCAGAUGUAACAAGCACUUCAGAAGUUCUGGAAUUAGUUGAUAGAGGGUUCAGAACUAUCAGGCACUCUGGUUUCCUUCUAUCUUUGCCAAACUGUCAUUCUCAGCAGUUGUUUGGGGGGCUAAUAAUACCUGUGAUCAAAAACACCUACUAUGAGGACUUCCCUGGUGGCGCUAAUGGUUAAGAAUCUGCCUGCCAAUGCAGGGGACACGGGUUCGAGCCCUGGUCCGGAAAGAUCCCACAUGCCGCAGAGCAACUAAGCCCGUGUGCCACAACUACUGAGCCUGCGCUCUAGAGCCCGUGAGCCACAACAAAGAGUAGCCCCGGCUCACUGCAACUAGAGAAAGCCUGUGCACAGCAACGAAGACCCAACGCAGCCAACAAUAAAUAAAUUAAUUAAUUAAAAAAAAAACAAAACGCCUACUAUGAUUCCAGGUGUCACUGUACAAUGUCCAGUGAAAGAAAAUAACCUGUUUUUCCUUUUGUGUCUUUAAUGAGUGUAAAACCUUUCUCAAAGCUCAUCAGCAGAAUUCUCCUUAUGUCUCAAACCAGAAUUGGGUCACUCGCUUGGCUCUAAUCAUUGACAGAGGGACUGAGACCACUCUGACUUAGAUCGUAUUUACUGCAGUUACCUACAUGAGGGUAGACACCGCAUCCAAAUUGAAACUGCCAGAAUGGAGGAGCAAAUAAGGGCUUCUGAAAAGGCGAAACAGAAACUGCAACAGGGUGAAAUUAAAUAUUGAGAACUUAGUGGGUGCAAGCGUGCUGUAAGAAAUCAGAACACAUUUCCUGCCCUCAAAGAACUUGUUCUGAGAUUGUGGUUCUCAACUAUACCAGACUUAGCAAACCCUCCUUAUUAUAACAUGGGAACGUUUAUAACAUCUAUCACACCCACUAUCCUAAAACAAAAUUCAUAUAACUUACCUAUAUACACAGUUUCAAAAAGGAUCAGUCCAAUGCCUUUAUUGUAAUAAAAAGGAGAAAUAAAUCAAUUUUUAAUAAAAUAUGCAUUUCAAUAUGUAAAUGCCCAGAUACGACUACACUAGAAAACAAUGAAGUAGUCAGGUGCUUUCUCUUAUAUAUGGAAGAAGUAAAACUGUUCAAUAGCGUACUGAUAACUCUAUUUGGUAUUUUAAAAUAGAGACUAAAUUCAUGAUUCCUGAAGAGCUAUAAUGUUACAACUUUAUUUACUUAUUUAUUUUUUUGGCCACGCCACGUGGCAUGGGGAAAUCUUAGUUCCCCAACCAGGGAUCAAACCCAUGCCCCCUGCAGUGCCCUCGAAGUCUUAACCACUGAACCGCCAGGGAAGUACCAGUGUUACAACUUUAAAUGCAUACUGAUAACAGGUGUGUUUUAUUGGUCACUCAAAGAAAUUGAAUGAUGUUACUGUUGGAAGCAUCAUUUUCCAAAAUGGUGAUCAAUUCUCAUGGAGGUUUUGAAUAAAAGAAUAAUAUUCCUUUUGUUUAUAGGGUAGUUUUGUCCCCAGUGAAUAUUAAAAUUAUACAUACAAAUAAGUAAAAUGGAAGUUCUAGGCUCAGAAGAUAAAAGCAGAUGUUAUAAUUUUUUAAUUGACGUAACAUUGUGUAAGUUUAAGGUGUGCAGUAUGUUGAUUUGAUACCACCAUAGGGUUAGUAACACCUCUAUCACGUCACAUAAUAAUCAAUUCUUUAUUGUGAUGGGAAUGAUUAAGAUCUAGUCUCUUAGCCUAGAAAUCAACUACAAGGAAAAAACUGCAAAAAACACAAACAUGGAGACUAAACAAUAUGCUACUCAAUAACCAGUGGGUCACUGAAGAAAUCAAAGAGGAAAUUAAAAAAUAUCUGGUGACAAAUGAAAAUGGAAACACAAUGAUCCAAAAUCUAUGGGUUACAGCAAAAGCAGUUCUAAGCGGGAAGUUUAUGGUUAUACAGGCCUACCUCAGGAAAUAAGAAAUCUCAAUCUAACCUUACACCUAAAGGAAAAGAACAAACAAAACCAUCCUUGGCUAGCACUUCUGCUAGUAUAUAGGUGGUGACCCUGGUGGAGUGACCCAGACUGUCAUCUCUGAGGGGUCUGAGCCCCUGGAUGACAUGUCCUUUUCAGACCAGCCAGGGUUGCUGCACUUGUCCAUUUGCCUUUAAAACUGGGCAUGAGCAUACCAACAGGCACGUAAGGGGGUCACAUGGAUGCUAAGCAUACUCCUGGCUGCCCCCAUUGUGUAGCAGCAGCCCCACUUCUUCCUAAUGAUAAGGGUCACUUGCUACUGCCGGAAUGGUGAUUCUUCUUGUCCAAAGUAACAGGGCAGCAACCAAAGCUUAAAAGUAAUGGGAUUAAUCCCAAAGCAACCUACAGAUUCAAUUAAAAACCUAUCCAAAUCUUAAUGACUUUUUUUCAGAAAUGGAAAAAUUCAAACUAAAAUUCACAUGGAAUCUCAAGGGACCCCAAAUAGCCAAAACAAUCUUGAAAAAGAAGAAUAAAGUUGGAGGAUUCACACUUUCUGAUUUCAGAACUUACCACAAGCCUUCAGUAAUCAAAACAGCAUGAUACUGGCAUAAAGACAGACAUAUAGACCAAUGGGAUAGCAUAGAGCCCAGAAACAAACCCUCACACAUAUGUCAAAUGAUUUUUGACAAGGAUACCAAGAGCAUUCAGUGUGGAAAGGACAAUGUUUUCAACAAAUAGUUCUGGAAAAACUGGAUAUCCACACACAAAAGAAUGAAGUUGGACCUUUAUCUUAUACCAUCUGUAAAAAUUAGCUCAGAAUGGAUCAAACAAAUGUAAAAGCUAAAAGUAUAAAACUCUUAGAAGAAAACAUGGGGGAAAGCUGCAUGACAUUGGACUUGGCAGUAAUUUCUUGGAUAUGAUACCAAAACAAACAGGCAACAAAAGAAAAAAAUAGACAAAUUGGACUUCACUAAAAUUUAAAACAAAUUUAAAUUUAAAUUAAAGGGCACUAUCAACAGAGUGAAAAGGUAACCCACAGAAUGGGAAAACAUACUUGAAAAUCACAUCUGAUAAGGAGUUAAUAUCCAGAAUAUAUAAAGAACUCCUCCAAUACAACAACAAAAACAACCCAGUUAAAAAAUGAGCAGAGGAUUGAAAAUCAAAACCACAAUGAGAUACCAUUUGCACCUAUUCAGGUAGCUAUUAUAUAUAAAUGAAAACAAAAACAGAAAAUAACAAGUGUUGACAAAGAUGUGAAGAAAUUAGACCCCUUGUUCACUGCUGGCAGGAAUGUAAAACAGUGCAGCUGCUGUAGAAAACAGUAUGGCAGUUCUUCAAAAAAUUAAACAUAGAAUAACCAUAUGUUCAGCAAUUCCACUUCUGGAUAUAUACCCAAAAGAAAACAGAGACUCAAACUGAUAUUUGUACACCAGUGUUUGUUAGCAGCAUUAUUCACAAUAGCCAAAAGGUGGAAACAACCCAAAUGUCCAUUGAUGGAUGAGUGGAUAAAUAAAAUGUGAUAUAUACAUACGAUGGAACGUUAUUCAGCCUUAAAAAGGAAUGAAAUCCUGAAACAUGCUACAACAUAGAUGAACCUUGAAGACGCUGGGCUAACUGAAAUAAAUCAAACACAAAAAGAUAAAUACUGUGUGAUUCCAUUUAUAUGAGAUACCUAGAAUAGUCAAAUUCAUAGAGACUGAAAGAAUGGUGGUUUCCAAGGAUUGGAGGGAAAAGGAAAUGGGGAGUGAUUGUUGAAUAGGUACAGAGUUUCAGAUGGGGAAGAUGAAAAAGUUCUGGAGAUGGAUGAUGGUGAUGGUUUCACAACAAUGUAAAGGUACUUAAUGCCAUUGAGUUGUAUACUUAAAAAUGGUUAAAAUGGUAAACUUCGUUUUGCAUAUUUUACCACAGUAAAAGAAUUAAUGGGACUCA